AAGUUUUGCGAGAAAGUGGAUUGAAGUGAAACAACAAGAUUAACGUUGACUUAGAAACCAAAGCAACACAAUUAGCACUUUGAUUAAUGAGUCUUUAAGGAAGCGAUGUCGUUGAAACCAAGAAGAGUAGAUUUUGAAGAGACCUGGAAUGUUUUGUUGGGGACUAUCAAAGGGGUGAUAACUUGUGGUACAGUUCCAAGACAUGUUUGGAAUGAUCGCUUUUCAGAUGUAUAUAAAUUAUGUGUGGCAUGUCCAGAACCUCUUGGAGAUAAACUUUACCAGGAGACUAAACUAUUUUUAGAGAAUCAUGUCUCAGAGCUGAAUCAGAGUGUGGUAGGUAAUGGAGAUGAAAGUUUGUUGUCAAUUUAUCAUAAAAACUGGGAAGAAUACAGUCGAGGUUCCAGCUAUCUUAAUCAACUUUAUGGGUAUUUGAACACUACAUUUAUUAAGAAACAGAAACAUAGUGAGGCUGAUUUGAAUUAUGGAGGCUUUACUGUCGACCCGGUGGAUCAAAUGUUAGAAAUAGGCGAGUUGGCGCUAGAUAUCUGGAAACGUGUGAUGAUUGAACCCAUUAAAUCACAGUUGAUUAGUUUAAUAUUACAGGAGGUCAAAAGAGAUCGGAAGGGAGUGAGUGUGAAUCAAACAGUCAUACAUGGUGUCAUCAAUUCAUUUGUUAAUGUUGAAGAAUACAAGAGGAAAAAUCCAAUGCAGUACUAUGAAACAGCAUUUGAAGCACCAUUCCUCCAGGAAACUGGAGAAUACUAUAAACAGGAAGCUCAACAGUUGAAAGAUGAAUGUUCCUGUUCAGAGUACAUGGAAAAGAUUAUUCAGAAACUUGAUACAGAAGAUUUCCGCAGUAGAAAAUUUCUCCAUCCUUCGUCAUAUACUAAAGUUACACAGGAAUGUCAACAGAGAGCUGUAGCAGAUCAUCUACAAUUUUUACAUGGUGAAUGUCGAGAAAUGGUUCAAAAUGAGAAACGAAAAGAUUUAACCAAUAUGUAUAUGUUACUCCGACCCAUACAAUCUGGUCUAGGUGUACUGGUAGAACAAGUUGAAGAAUUUAUUAAACAAACUGGACUUGACGCUGUUCUAAAUGUCAAAGGGGACAAUAUCCCCAGUCAGUUUGUAGAGUCUAUGUUAGAAGUUCACAAUAGAUAUAAAGAUAUGAUUAAAAAUGUUUUUAAUGGUGAUCAACAGUUUGUUGGUGCUCUAGAUAAGGCAUGUGCUCAUGUUAUUAACUAUAGAUUAAAUCCCAAAUCAGUUUGUAAAUCUCCUGAAUUGUUAUCUAAAUACUGUGAUAGUUUGUUAAGGAAAAGUUCGAAAGGUAUCUCAGAAACAGAACUAGAUGAUAAGUUGGCUUCCUCCAUCACUAUUUUUAAAUAUCUUGAUGAUAAAGAUAUCUUUCAAAGGUUUUACUCGCGUAUGUUAGCUAAAAGAUUAAUUUAUGGUUUAUCAACAUCAAUGGAUGCUGAAGAAUCCCUCAUCAACAGGCUGAAGCAAGCUUGUGGUUACGAGUUCACCAAUAAACUUCACAGAAUGUUUACUGAUAUGAGUAUUAGUAUGGAACUUAGCUCCCAGUUUCACGAUGUCGUCAAACGGGAUAAUUUACAUACUGGGGUCAAUUUGAAUAUUCUAAUUUUACAGGCAGGAGCCUGGCCAUUGGGUCAAAAUAUUUUAACCUUUCACUUUCCUUCGGAAUUAGAGAAAAGUAUCAAAAGAUUUGAAGGCUUUUAUAAUAGUAAAUUUAGUGGUAGAAAACUCUCCUGGAUGCAUAAUUUCUGUACAGGUGAUUUGAAAUUCAACUUUACCAAGAAGACAUAUUUUGUUACCAUGGGAACGGCUCACAUGGCAAUAUUAUUAAUAUAUAACAAUCGAAAUGUCCUGAGUUUUAAAGAAAUGCAGUUAAUGACCAAUAUACCAGAAAAAGAAUUGACAAAAUUUCUACAGUCUCUCAUUGAUAUUAAAAUAUUGACCACGCAGGGAUCUAUAGAAGAUGAGAGUACAUUCAGAUUAAAUCCAGAUUACUCCAAUAAACGAACAAAAUUUAAAAUUUCAGUCGCCACUCAAAAAGAUUCUCCUUAUGAGGUAGAAAUGACUCAUCAAACGGUAGAUGAAGAUCGUAAGAUGUAUUUACAGGCAGCUAUCGUAAGAGUUAUGAAAUCACGGAAAGUUUUAAAACAUACGUUGUUAAUUAACGAGGUGAUUAGCCAGUCAAAUUCACGGUUUACACCCAAUAUCAGUAUGAUAAAAAAAUGUAUAGAAACUCUGAUUGACAAACAAUAUCUAGAACGAACUGCUAACUCUACUGAUGAAUAUAGUUAUGUAGCCUAAUGUGAUUAUUUGACCCAGGGGAAGGUCGUUGGGCUGGGUAAGUCCACAUGUGAUAUAAAUACUUUACCCAGGGGCAGGGCAACAUGAUUUAUAAUUUGAUACUGUGUCAUGCACUGUCAUGUGAUUAUAAUUUGACAGUGUUGAAGGGGGCCUUGGGCUUUGGUUUUAAUUAUUCAGCCCAAGCGGAGGGAGUGGGCCUCAGGGUGGUUUCUGGAUCAGUGUAUGAAGUGAUUAAUAAAACAGCCUAAGGU